AUUCUGAUAAGAACAACAGUUCUGAGUAGGCUAGGAGGACAAAACAAUAUUGCGGUUGGUCAGGUGACUCCAUCACUCUAUGCAAGAUUUCUGCAAGAGUUAUCUCGUGGGCUGGAACUGCUCUGCCCUUGAUACUGAAGUCUCCUCCUCCUCUGCAAGCUGUUUGCUUAAUUCUCGUGGGGGUGAUGCCCCGUUACUAACGCAAUAAAGCUCCUGGAUGCGAUCCACGGCACAAUGCAUGGAUCAUUUUCAUCGGACAGACCCACUUCUACUUUCUCCUCCCCUCUCGCACUGUGUCAUUACCAGCCAACUGCUGCCUGUCUAAUGAGUGAAGAGAAAGCAAUAGAGGAGAGAGGGAGAUCUUGUAUUUAUUUAUGGAGCUGCCUGUCGGCGUGUAACCAGCAUCCCAUGAUGGUGGCAUUCAAAGGAAUCUGGACCAAGGACUUCUGGAGGGCUGUCUCAGCUGAGUACCUAGCAACCAUGAUCUUCGUCCUCCUCAGCCUGGGCUCCACCAUCAAUUGGGCGGUCGAGUCAGACAACCCUCCCCCUGCAGACCUGGUCCUCAUCUCAUUUUGCUUCGGGCUGGCCAUUGCCACAAUGGUGCAGUGCUUUGGUCACAUCAGCGGUGGCCACAUCAACCCGGCAGUCACUGCGGCCAUGGUGGUGACCCGGAAGUUGAGCCUGGCCAAGGGUGUGUUCUACCUAGCUGCCCAGUGCCUGGGAGCAAUCACUGGGGCAGGGCUCCUCUACCUGGUGACACCAGUGUCUGUCAGAGGGGGCCUGGGAGUGACUAUGGUGAACCCCAAGCUCAAUGUGGGCUGCGGCCUGUUGGUGGAGCUCCUGAUCACCUUCGAGCUGGUCUUCACGGUGUUCGCCACCUGUGACCCCAAACGCUCUGUUAACGGCUCGGCUGGCCUCGCCAUCGGAUUCGCUGUAGCCAUCGGUCAUCUGUUCGCAAUUCCAUACACAGGAGCCAGUAUGAACCCCGCUCGCUCCUUUGGACCUGCAGUCGUCACCAUGAACUUUGAGAACCACUGGGUGUACUGGGUUGGUCCAAUCCUGGGUGGCAUCAUGGCGGCUGCCCUCUAUGAAUACCUGUUCUGCCCUGACCCUGAGCUGAAGAAGAUGUUCCGCGAAGUCUUCCAGAAGGAUCCAGCUUCGGGGAAGUACAGGGAGGUGGAGGGCAGUAUGUACCAGACGGAACCAGACGACCUGAUCAUCAAGCCAGGCUCCAUCCACCACAUCGACCUGGAGAAGGGGGAGAAGAAGGACCCUUUCCUGGACUCGACGGCCGAGGUGCUGUCCUCUGUAUGACUACCACGGGCACUGGAGAGGGAGACCAACCUAUAGAGCAGGGGGAGAUCCAGAGAGAGACACUUUGAUUCUGGGUCCUCCACCCCUGUACCCUGUACAGCUAACACAAUGUGCCAUUGGAACACAGAAGUGAUGGUUGCUGAUUAUGGGCCUCUGUACAUCUAUGUAGAUAUUCCAUAGAAAUCUGCUGUUUCCAGCUACAAUAGUCAUUUACAACAUUAACAAUGUCUACACUGUAUUUCUAAUCAAUUUGAUGUUAUUUUAAUGGACAAAAUGGCCUUUUCUUUCAAAACAAUUUCUAAGUGACCCCAAACUUUGAACGGUAGUGAAACGUUGCAUGCUGCUCACCCUAACCAAUUACCCAUCAUGUGAAAUCUAUUGAUCUCCACAAUCUUGUCCCAUCAUUAACUGUCACAGCUCUGUUUGCUUGUGGCACUCUGCUGCACUGCAGAGUGAUAACAAAAGACUACAUUUCUGUCAGGGAAAAAUGUCCAGGUCAACCAAUUACAUGGGGUCAUGACACUGAAUUGGUAAACCAGAGAGGAAACAUCAAGCUUAUUAUUUUUGGAUUAGUGUCACAUAUUGAAUAUGAACACGAUGGCAUAAGAGAUCUUAACUACAUAUGGUCGUUAAGCACAUUAUAGAACUCAUGUUGUGAAGGAAAAGUUCUACCCAACAUUUACAAUCUUCAGCCCACUCCUAUAUUGUUAGUAUUUAUUUUCCAUUUUUAGUGCACAUUGGUCAGUGAAAAAACUAU